GCAGGGUCCCCAGAAGACCCACGUCCGCGGGGAAGAAAAAAGAGAUCCUCUUACACGUUCAUGGGGAGGCAAAGUGCGGUGAGUGCGGAGCCAGUGGCCCUUCGGCAGGGCCUUCAAAACAAAACAAAACCUUUGAAGUAAAAGUGUACAUGAGCACCGUAGCUGCCCGUCAAAGCGUCAAGAGCGAUUUUCUCCCUCCCUCCCUUCCGAGCUGCGAAGUUGCCUGAGUAAAAGGGCUUGCAGUCCACCCCCCACCCCACCCGUCUUCCAUUUGAGACCUCUAUAAACUCUGGUAGACGAGGAAGAGCACAAGGCAUUGCAGAAAUUCAGAUGAACAGACCACAUGCCAAAAAUGCAUUGGGUAAAGUGUUUGUGGAUGAACUUUAUGAAACCCUUGACAUUCUCCGUUAUGAUGAAAAUGUUCGUGUAGUGAUAAUCAAGAGCAAUGUAAAAGGUGUUUUUUGUGCAGGUGCUGACCUAAAACAGCGUGCUCAGAUGACUGAUUCUCAAGCUGUUCAUUUUGUUCAAAGGCUUAGAAGCUUAAUGGAUGGUGUUGCCUCAUUGCCGAUGCCAACAAUUGCGGCAAUUGAAGGCUAUGCAUUGGGUGGAGGCUUGGAACUGGCACUAGCUUGUGAUCUCCGAGUGGCAGCAUCAUCUGCAAAAAUGGGUCUCAUUGAGACAACCAGAGGACUCUUCCCAGGUGCAGGUGGAUCCCAACGUCUACCACGAUGCAUUGGAGUAGGCCGUGCUAAAGAACUUAUUUUCACUGGCAGACAGAUUGAUGGACAAGAAGCCUACUCAAUUGGGCUAGUUAAUCAUGCAGUGCUAGAGAAUGAAGAGGGCGAUGCAGCUUAUCAAAGAGCAUUGGCUUUAGCUGAAGAGAUUGUUCCUCGGGCUCCAAUAGCAGUGAAAAUGAGUAAAGUGGCUAUAAACAGAGGAACUGAGGUUGAUAUUGCUUCUGGGAUGGCUAUUGAAGGAAUAUGUUACACCCUGAAUAUCCCUACGAAAGACCGGCAGGAAGGGAUGGCUGCUUUCAUAGAGAAACGACCACCAAAAUUCAUUGGCAAGUGACUGUUAAGUCUCCUUCAGAUGCCUGAAAUAACUCCAAAAUGUAAUUGGAAGACUGUAACGGGGCUCUUUUUUAUAAAUUUUGUAUUCAGUACUCACCUCUUGAUUCACAUGGAUACUACUUUCAAGAAUAAAGAAACUUCAGUGAUAAAGUAGGAUCUGAAUAUUAUGAUGGAGAUCUUAGUUGCCUUGGCUGAAUAGUAGGUAUUUAACCUGACAAUGGUUUUAUAAGGUGGUGAUAGGAGGCAGUUCAAACACCAAGCUAGAAAAGAGGUCACCCUGGUGCUUCUGGCCUCAGACACCGCCAUGUGUAAGACAUGGUGGACCCUUCUAGUUGUGGGGAGGAGGAGCAGGUCAAAAGGCUUUGAAAACUAUUUUGAAUGUUUGUUGCAAUACAUUUAUUAACCAAAGGUCAAACAAACAGAUAACUGACAUUAUUAGAUAUUCAUAUGCAUGUCCAUAUAGAAUUUUCUACUGCAAGUGCACGAGAGAUCACCCUCAGGGACUGACCUCUCCAUGUAUGCAAGAAUUAAAUUUUCUUCCACAUUUGCCCCAAAAUGAAAAUGUGGGAGUAAAGACUUUAACACUUGUAUCCCUUGGAAUGUAAUCAGCAGCUGCACCCCAGACCUUGCUUAUGGGCCUGUAGUCUUCAUCCAUGACACCAGUCCUAGGUAAAAGUUCUCCUGUUUUGGAAGAAUUCUGUGAGCCAGCAGCUAGCAUCUGUAACUAUGGUCUAAUUUAGACCAAUGCUCCCUCUUAGCUGUGAAGUCUCA